CAACUAGCUGCACUUUCUCUUCUUCGCCCCAAAGAAAUUUAGAAAGCAAGCUGUAGCCUAUAUUUUCUCAUUUUCUCUGUAACAUCGUAUAGCUGAACAACACCAGCAGCAAGAAACCUACUAAAAACGUUGUUUUUGGCAGAGUUUGUUUCUCCCUUCACUUUCCAACGCAGAGAGUAGGGACUCGGAGCUCGCUCGUCACUGGCCAAAAGCAUCGUACGACACAGAAAACCGUUGAAAAGUGGGCGGGGCGUCCACAAUUCCGACGAAAGCAGUCUGCUAGUACUCUGCUUGGCCCCCAUUCCAGGUUUUAGUCGAUUCCAAAAGCCGGUUCAGAGUCAGUGACAGAUAGUUCAUAUCACGGUGCAUAUCUUCGGUCCGUUUUUUAAACUAACUUUCGCGGUUUAUUAACAAAACAAAUAGGAAAGGACCAUGGAUUCGUCCGGAAUUCGUGCUAAUAUGUCUGCUCAACAGUUGAUCGACCAUGAAGUAUACGAGCGUUCGUUAAGGAACCCCAAUAGUCGGCAAGAUGGAAAAGUGUCAACAGAUUCCAGCGGAUCAAGUUCAUUAUCCAGUUCGAACACAAAAAUUGACGGCAAAGGAAUUCCCUCUGCAAGUGAUUCUUCUGCCAACAGCUCUUCAGGAGAAAACCGAACAGUUGAGCAUCCCCUGACCAAACGACAGAUAAUCACAGUCACCAUUCUCUGUUUUGUCAACUUAAUCAACUACAUGGACAGAUAUACAAUAGCUGGAAUUUUAACCCAAAUACAAUGUGAUCUCAAUAUCGGAGAUACAGAGGGUGGCCUGCUUCAAACAGCUUUCGUCGCGAUUUACAUGAUAUGCGCUCCCGUAUUUGGCUACCUGGGUGAUCGAUACUCUCGAAGGCUUAUCAUGGCUGCCGGUAUUUUCGUCUGGAGCCUGACAACAUUACUUGGCUCUUACAUGACAAAUUUCUGGGCUUUCCUGGUCAUGAGGAGCCUUGUAGGUGUGGGAGAAGCUUCCUACUCAACCAUAGCACCUACCAUCAUUUCAGACUUAUUUGUUGGCGAUACUCGCUCAAAAUUCCUAGCCCUAUUCUAUUUCGCAAUUCCGGUCGGGAGUGGACUAGGUUACAUCGUUGGCUCAGAAGCAUCUAGAGUGAUGGGAUCGUGGCAUUGGGGCCUUCGAGUCACGCCAGUUUUCGGGGCCGUAGCCGUGCUCCUGAUUUUGCUGGUCGUCCAGGAUCCUCCACGCGGCGAAUCUGAAGGCGCCCAUCUUUCAGCCACGAGCUGGUGGGACGACAUUAAAUCACUCGGCAAAAACAAAAGCUUUGUGAUGUCCACAGCAGCUUGCACAGCGGUGGCCUUCGUCGCUGGAGCUCUGGCAUGGUGGGGUCCCAAGUUUAUCGCAUUGGGUUUGGCCACUCAACAAGGUCACCAGGAUGUUUCAUUGGAUGACGUAUCGUACAUUUUCGGCUUGAUUGCCAUGAUCGCUGGUUUGCUGGGCGUUCCCCUUGGAUCUUUCCUCGGCCAAAAAUUGCGCGUCCGCUAUCAGCGGGCCGAUCCCAUCGUUUGCGGCAUGGGUAUGCUGUUUUCCACUCCGCUCAUGCUAGCUGCGUUGUUUAUCGCCGGAUGGAACACUACCACUUGCUUUGUGGUCGUCUUCUUUGGUCAAGUUCUGCUCAAUUUGAAUUGGGCAAUUGUGGCUGAUAUCCUGUUGUAUACGGUAAUCCCAACGCGACGAUCAACCGCUGAAGCGUUCCAAAUUCUAUUUUCACACGCACUGGGUGACGCCGGCUCUCCUUAUUUGAUUGGCCAGAUCUCCGAAAUUCUGAAGAAAUCCUUUUCGACUCCGGCUGCAUUCGUCGAAGGCGCCAUGGUUCUAAACUCAACUGUUUCGUCAAUUGUGAGCGACUUUGUUACGAGUUCACCUGAUAUGAAUGUCAGCGCAAACUGUUCCAGUUCAGGAACGUCAUCUAUAGAUCUCACCACUGUUGAAGGCGACUUCAAAGCCCUACAGUGGGCCAUGUCUAUCACGAUAGUCGUGGAAGUUCUCGGUGCUCUCUUCUUUUUCGGAACAGCAUGGUACAUCGUGGAGGACAAAGCCAAAGUUGAUCGCGCAGUAGCAGACGGCCCACGCGGUUUCCGAGCCGUAAGCAUGAAGGAGUUGCCCGCGUCCUUGAUGUGGAACGGCCAUCCCUCUGACUUGGUGACGUCUAAAAUAAUAGGUUUGGGAUUCGAUGAUGAAACGAGGCAACUAUCACCGUCAAGAAAUCGGCGGCCAGACAGCAAUGGAACACCCGAAGAAGAGCAACCCAUCACCAUCAUCGCUCCAGCUUCCGAAUAUCUUUCGGUCAUUUAAAAAAGGAACAAGAAAAGAUCCCUCCUGAACAUAUUAAGAGUUGUUGCGCGUUCUUUGUUGAUGGACCCUUUUGUUUCUUCAUGGACAAACCCAACCCCUUGUCUAGUCUUUCGUUGCUCCGUGUUUAGACUCAUCCAAAUCAGGACCCCUUCCUUAAUUAUCCGUCUCUCAUUCCCGACCUGUUCCCGACUUGAGGCAAAAGGCUGUACGCAUUGACUUAAUUUAUACGAUUGUUAUCAACCGAGAUGCUCAAAACAUCACUGUUGUAGACAACUCCUCUUCCUAGCACCGACUAGAUUUUUUUUUUCGUUGUUAAGAUUCUCUUUGUGUGUGUGCUUUUUUCAAAUCCUCCAUAAAAGUCUAAUUUUUUAUGCCUGUAUGUUGUAUAGGUGUACAUUUGUCUGGCUUAAAAGGAUUUAUUGUAUUAAGGUGUCAUAUCGCCACGGAAUCAAAAGAAGAUCGAAGACUGUUUAAAGUCCACGAGUCUCGUGGUAGUAUGAAAAAGGAAAAAAAAUUAUUCUCUGUAUGUCAUAUUGUUCUGCAUAUUCUUCCACAUUGGAUAUCAUUGAAUAGAUCGAUGUUGAUUAUUUAAAA